CGGGGCGCCCGUGAGCACAGACCUCCCCGUCGACGGGGGGCGAUGUUCCCCUGGCCCGCCGGCUCUUCGGGCCGCCGGGGCAUCCCGCCGUUGGGACCAGGGCCCCCACAGUGGGCGACCCCCAAGGCUGCUCCAUGGAGACUCUGUGUCCUCCUCCCCGCCUGGCAGUGCCCGCGUCCCCGCGGGGGUCUCCUUGCUCGCCCACGCCCCGGAAGCCGCGUCGGGGGACCCCGGAGUUCUCCCCGCUGUGCCUGCGUGCCCUAGCCUUCUGCGCCCUUGCCAAACCCCGGCCGUCCGCCCUGGGCCUGGGGCCUGGAGAGCUGGCGCCUCGGACCCCGGUGCUUCUGAGCCCCCGGGCCUCGCCAUGCACCGGCGGCCGGGCCGCGGACAGCCUGAAGCACCUCGGGGGACAGGCCGGGCUACCGAGCGACGUGAGCGCCGCGGCCCGCGAGGAUGCAGACACCGCGGUGUGCCCAGGCGGCGGAGAGGAGGAAGAGGGCGGAGGCAGCUUCCCGCACUUCGGAGCCGGUUCCUGUGCACCUCCCGGCCGCUGCCCUACUCCCCGGCGUCCUCGGGAAUCUCCGACCAGCUCCGCCUGGUCCCCGCCCAGGCCAGCCCCGGGUCUGGAGUCCCAGCCUGAUGAAGCUAGCAGUCCGCCUCAUGAACCCAGUUCCCGGCCUUCGCCGCCACCUGCGGGCCUCUCCCCGGAACCUGCGUCUCCAGAGCAGCCUGUGCAUGGCUCGGCGGCUGCAGCGGCUGGAGACCCUGCCCCGGCCGCGCCCGAGGCACCCGCGCCCAGCCCCUCGACGGCAGACGCAGCGCCGGACGCGCCCGGUGAUCUCCGCCAGGAGCAUUUCAAUCGCCUGAUCCGCCGCUCGAAACUUUGGUGUUACGCGAAGGGCUUCGCCUUGGACACUCCAAGUUUACGCCGAGGGCCCGAACGGCCGGCAGCCAAAUCCCGGGGAGCAGCCAAGAAACGCCGGCGGCCAGCGCCGCCCCCGCGCAGCGUGCAGCCCCGCCGGCCCGCCCCGACGCUCCCCACUUCGAGCACCUUCAGCCUCCUCGACUGCUUUCCCUGUCCCCCAGCCCUGGUGGUGGAAGAGGACGGAGACCUAGGGCCAGCUUCCUCGCUUCGCCUCCAGGGAGACGCAAAGCCUCCGCCUGCCCACCCGCUGUGGAGGUGGCAGAUGGGAGGACCCGCUGUCCCCGAGCCCCCGGGCCUCAAAUCCUGGUGGGUCAACUUGGAAGAGCUCUGAGCGUUCGGCCUCGUUUACCUGGGGGGUAAAUUGGGUCCUGGGGCAGACUGAGGACUCCAGGAGGGUGUCUUGACUUUCAAAAUUGUCUGCCUUCCCCCCCCCCCCCGCGUUUUAUGGAUUGUGUGUCAAGGGGACCUCAAAUGACAGUGAUCUUCGAGCACCUGAAAGGUCGGGGUGAUUCCCUCCAUCUUUGCGGAGGAUCCAAUGGCUGGCGUCCGGAAAAGCUGCGUGACCAGCCCCACCUCUGCCCUCAGCGGGCGGCCAGGGCCUUCACCCCAGGGGAGCAAAGCCUCUACUGCCCAGAGACCUAAAGAAAGGGACAGAGGGACGGACUUUGGUGAUGGACAAACCGGUUGUUUCCGUGUUUGAGGACCAGUUUAGGGGUGUGGGAGUUGUGGGGUGGGUAGGUGAUUGACAGCUCCCUGGGGGCAUCUACCACCCCCAUGGCUCAGACCUUUAACCCUUCCUUUUCAAUUCCUAGCCCUACCUCUCCCCAAGUUCAGGUGAUUCUCCGGUGCGAGAGCUUCAGUCUCUCGGCCAGCAAACUUUUGUCCACUUUUGGACUUUCUCUUUGCCGUAAGGUUUGAUGGGUGAAAGAGACCUCCAGCCCCACCUUCCUCCCCCCCAUAAAGAGGAGAGAGCAGAGGGCCCAAAGCUGGUUUUG